GAAAACGCGUCCCAGACCUUCCCCUUCGUGAGAGGAAUCCAACGGAGGAAGAAUCAUUGAAAACGGUCGUGAAACGAGGGAGAAAAAGCUCGCCGGAGUUUCGCCGGGAAAACUUUCCCGACAGAAAACGGAGGAGCAGGAGCCGCCGUCGCCGCCGCCAACCCUUCACCGACCUUCGCCGUCCCGAGAGGAGUGCACCGCUACCCCGUUGGCCGUUUCCGACGAGAGACCGGAGUAGAAGAAGAGAAUUAGGAGCACCCGGACUAGAGGUGAGGAUGAUGUUGUCGAGUGAUGAUUGCUUGCAUGGCCCAGAGCGAGUUAGAAAUCGCCUUAGUUAUACUAGUCAUGAAAUAAACAUUUACUUUUCAAACACUUUACUUUUAUUAAAUUAGUUGUUAUGUUCUAGUUGCCUGUGCAUCCGGUUGAGAGAUGACCGGAUGUGGCGGUAACACCCAUUUCCCUAUUUUAGACUUCCGCUGUAUUUCUUUAACUCUUUGAUGAAUAAAUAAAAGUUUUAUUUCAAUUA